CACCGAUUGCUGUUUUAAUUUGCAGCUCCACCUCCACCUCCAACCUCCACCAAUCCAACCUACCAUUGGGCAUUGGCCAUUGCAAAGCAAGAUACUUUAACAAUGGGCUACUCGAAGCUGAUUGCAUUAUUAGUACUUGUCCCGGCUCUUGUAGCCGUCCAUGUCCAUGUCCCAAUGGCCAGCGCAGCGAACUCCAACCUGUUCCGGGACUACAUCGGCGCCAUCUUCAAUGGCGUCAAGUUCACCGACGUUCCCAUCAACCCUAGAGUCCGAUUCGACUUCAUCAUGGCCUUCGUCAUCGACUACACCACCGCCACGGAGCCGCCCACCCCGACCAACGGGCAGUUCAACAUCUUCUGGCAGAACUCGGUGCUCACCGCCUCCGCGGUGGCCGGCAUCAAGCAGAGCAACCCGAACGUGAGGGUGGCCAUCAGCCUCGGCGGCGCCACCGUGAACGACCGGCCGGUGUACUUCAACAUCACCUCCGUGGAGUCCUGGGUCGAGAACGCCGUCUCCUCCCUGACCAGCAUCAUCCACGAGUACAACCUGGACGGCAUCGACAUCGACUACGAGCAGUUCCAGGCGGACCCGGCGACCUUCGCCGAGUGCAUCGGCCGCCUGGUGACCACGCUCAAGAGCAACGGCGUGAUCAAGUUCGCGUCCAUCGCGCCGUACGGCAACGCCGACGUGCAGCGCCAUUACCAGGCACUGUGGGCGAGCUACGGGAGCGUCAUAGACUACGUCAACUACCAGUUCUACGCGUACGGCGCCAGCACGACGGAGGCGCAGUACGUGGACUACUUCGACCAGCAGCUCGUCAACUACCCCGGAGGCAACAUCCUGGCCAGCUUCACGACGGCGGCCACCACGACGUCGGUGUCCAUCAACACGUCGCUCAGCGCUUGCCAGACGCUGCAGUCGCAGGGCAAGCUCUACGGGAUCUUCAUCUGGGCCGCCGAUCAUUCCAGGAGCCAAGGAUUCAAGUACGACACACAAGCACAAGCGCUGCUCGCCAACGCCCCUGCUGGCUACUAGCUAGAUAGGACUAGCUAGCUAGUAGAUACCUACCAUACCUUCAAUGCAUUUCAGUUCAGUUCAGUGCAGUUGGAUUUCGAUUUCUUUUCCAGCUGCACUAAUAUUAUGUAUGGAAUAAGACCGCCUUUGCAACGCGGGAUUUUUUCUUGUGAAAAAAUGAACUGAUUUUCUAUAAAAUCCUAUAUAAUAUAAUUACUGUGAAAUUCUUUUCAAA